AUGAAGAAGCAUCUUACAAUAGUAAUCAAGCUCGGCACGUCAUCCAUUGUCGAUGAGAAGACCCAUGAGCCGCUCCUCUCCAUCCUGAGCACCAUAGUCGAAACCGCCGUGAAGCUGCACAAAGAUGGGCACCGCGUCGUUCUCGUCUCCUCGGGCGCCAUUGGCGUCGCUCUGCGUCGUAUGGACCUCGAACGCCGUCCCAAACACCUGCCCAAGGUCCAGGCGCUGGCCGCGAUCGGCCAGUGUCGCCUGAUGAGCCUCUGGGACCAGCUCUUCUCGCACAUGAACCAGCCCGUCGCCCAGAUCCUGCUCACGAGGAACGACAUCGCGGAUAGGACACAGUAUCUCAAUGCUCAGAACACGUUUAUCGAGCUGUUGCACAUGGGCGUCAUCCCCAUCGUGAACGAGAACGAUACGCUGGCAGUGUCGGAAAUCAAGUUUGGCGAUAACGAUACCCUCUCCGCUAUCACUGCGGCUAUGGUACAGGCGGACUAUCUGUUCUUGAUGACAGACGUGGACUGCUUGUAUGACAAGAACCCCCGCACAAAUCCCGACGCCAAGCCUAUCGAGGUCGUCGAGGACAUUGCGGACCUGGUGGCCGAUGUGUCAAGUGCCGGCUCCUCGCUGGGAACGGGCGGCAUGUCCACAAAGAUUGUAGCGGCGCGGUUAGCAACAUCCGCGGGCGUCACGACCGUAAUCACGCGCUCCUCCAAGCCCGGCAACAUCCACAGCAUCGUGCAGUACGCCGAAGCACAAAAGACGCUGGAGGACAGCUCCGCAGCAAGCAAGGUUACAACGCCAGGCACGGAAGCGCAGCUCGCGGAGAAGACCAACGCCCUGGAACUCAGCACCGCGUCGCUUGUCGAGCACGAAGCCGAGACGGGCAACAAGCCGCCCAUUGUCGACCCGGCGAACGGCCUCGUCGCACCCCUCCACACCCGCUUCCUGCCGCAGCCACACCCGAUCCGCGACCGCUACUUCUGGCUGCUGCAUGGCCUCGCUCCGCAUGGCAAGCUGUACAUCGACGAGGGUGCGUAUAACGCGCUGGCAGACAAGGCGGGAUUACUGCCUGUCGGCGUCGUCGACGUUGAGGGUCACUUCGCGCAGCAGGAGGCCGUGCGCAUUAUCGUCGUGAAGCGGACCGCUGCGUCGAGGCAGCAUGAUGCGGGGACGGAGACGCCGUCGGCCCCGGCGACGGGCUUUGAGAGGGAAGACCCCGCUCCGUUUGAGGCGGGCAGGGCCCUUGUCAAUUACUCGGCGGCCGAGAUUAAGCGCAUUCGGGGAAUGAGGAGCACCCAGAUUCACCAGAUUCUAGGAUAUGCGGAUAGUGAGUAUGUGGCGCUGAGGGAGAACGUGGCAUUUUUUAGAACGGAGAGGAGCAGGCCGACGACGCCGGGGUUGCCGCUGGAGUAA